UGAUAUACUGAUUUACAGUAAAUCAUGGGAUAUUUAAAUAUUGUAUUUUCAAUUUUACAAGCCAAUGAGUUACAUGUAAAAUUAGAAAAGCGUCAAUUUGGCCAAAGGGAAGUUAAAUAUCUUGGCCAUCUAAUUACUACUGAAGGAGUUUCUGUGGAUCUAGAGAAAAUUGAGACAAUGUUCACAUGGCCUAAACCCCAAACACCUAAGGCCCUUAGAGGAUUUUUGGGAUUGACAGGGUACUACUGUAAAUUCAUACAAAAUUACGGGAAGAUUGCUGGUCCUCUCACACGAAUGCUCAAGAAGGACUCUUUCAAAUGGAAUGAAGUAUCUUUGGAGGCAUUCUCCAGACUCAAGGAAGCCUUGACCGGUGCACCAGUUUUGGCUCUACCAGAUUUUUCAAAAACUUUCAUUGUGGAAUUUGAUGCUUCAGGGUCUGGAGUUGGAGCCGUCCUUAUGCAAGAUCGACCUAUAGCUUUCUUUAGCCAGGCCUUGCAAGACUCAAAAGAUCACAACCACGGCUCAACAGAGGUGGUUAUACAAGUUGAUGGGAUUCGAUUUCGAGGUGGAGUACAAAAGUGGGAGGGAAAAUAUAGCUGCAAAUGUUCUCUCCAGGAAAUAUGAAGAGGACCCAAAGGAACUUUAUGCAAUCUCGAAGUUGUACCGGAUUGGCUAGAUGUUGUCAAGGAAGAAAUUCGUUCCAAUACAAAUUUACAAAAAUUGGUGCAGCAGAGAAGCCAUAGGACCUUGGAGAUUUCAAGAUGGCAUCCUGUUCUUCAAGGACCGGAUAUACUUGGCUGGUGAUUCACCUUUAAUUCAUACAUUACUUGGCAGUUUCAUGGCAGCACACACGAAGGAUUUGUCAAGGCCGUACAACGACUUCGUUCAAAUUUUUACUGGGUUGGGAUAAGGAAAGGAAUUAAGGACUUUAUUAAAAAUUGUGACAUCUGCCAAAGAAAUAAAGCAGAACACAUGGCACCAACAGGACUUCUCCAACCUCUUCCCAUUCUCGAGCAAAUUCGGAAAGACAUUUCUAUGGAUUUCAUUGAUGGACUUCCACCUUCCAAUGGUAAAACAACCAUUUUUGUGGUAGUUGACAGAUUAUCCAAAUAUGCCCAUUUUAUUACUUUGUCUCAUCCAUAUACAGCCGUUGGAGUUGCUGGAUAUUCUUUGAAAAUAUUUUCAAGUUGCAUGGUAUGCCUCGUUCCAUUGUUUGUGAUAGAUAUUAGUGUUUACCAGUUUAUUUUGGCAAGAGGUAUUUCACCUUCAAGGGACAGAUUUCAACUUUAGUUCUAGUUACCACCCUCAAACGGAUGGCCAGACUGAAGUGGAAAAUAGAACAUUAGAAAUGUAUUUGCGGUGUUUCACGAGUUCGCAACCUAAGCAGUGGACUAAAUGGUUGACAUGGACAGAGUUUUGCUACAACACAAGUUGGCACUCAUCAGUCAAAAGCACUCCCUUUGAAGUGGUAUGUGGAAGGGCUCCUCCUUCUCUUUUGACUUAUGUUCCUGGUACAGCUAGAGUAGCAGCAGUGGAAGAGGAGCUCAAGUAUCCAAGUUGCUCGGGACAACAUCAAACAAACACAGGCCAGAAUGAAACGAAUAUAUGAUUCAAGGCACCAGGAAAGGGAAUUCUCAAAAGGUGAUUGGGUAUUUCUUAAACUUCGGCCUUAUAGACAACUAACGUUAGCCAGGAGGCAGAAUCUGAAACUCUCUGCCAAGUUCUACAGUCCUAUCAAGGUAUUACAAAGGAUUGCCCGACUCCUCAAAAUUACAUCCCGUGUUCCAUGUUUCGUUAUUAAAGAAGAAGUUUGGUGAUCAAUCAGUCAUAACACAGCUUCCUGUCAUGGAUCAAGUUGAAGAGAAAUUAAUUCCUCUGCCACAAGCAAAUCUGGAUAGAUGAAUGAGGGGUAAGAGGCAGCAAGUUUUGGUGCAUUGGCAAGGUUCAUCUCCAGCUGAAGCAACUUGGGAGGAUCGCGAAAUACUUAAAAAAUCAGUUCCCAAAUAUUAACCUUGAGGACAUGGCUGAAAUUUAAGGGGGAGGGAGCUGAUAGGAGUUUUAUGUCCUAAAGUUAAUAAUUUUCCAUUUUUAUGUUUAGUUCCUUGAAUAAGUCUCGCAUAGUUGUUGAGUAGUUAAAACCAACUUGUGAAUGUUGGUCUUUAUCCCUAUUUCUGUGGGAAUUUGUUGAAUUUUUUCUGCUAUUUUUUCUGGAAUGAAAUGAAGAUACAACACCUUUUCUGCUA